CAGACACCCACGCCGCGGGAUGUCUGUCAAAUCCGAACUCAGUUACAAACUCCAGACGUUCAUGAGGCUCUCUAUCCAACUCAUUCGCGCCAUUGGCGACAUGAACCGCGGCCUAACCGUCCCUGAAGAACCGGAGGUGAUCAUGGAAAAAAUUAUUUCUGUGGAUCGGCAAAUGCGAGAAAACGUGUCAAGACUGAAGGAACACCAGCAAUUUCAAAAAGGCAUUCUCAGGCUCCAGAGCAAAAUUCAAGACCGCCACGCCGACAUCAUGGACCUGGCCAUAAGAAUCCUAACGGCCGAACUCCUGCUGAGGCAGGCAGUCGACGAACUUCGACCGAGCGUAGAAUUGGUGAAAAAUACAAGCAGAAUUCGCGACCGAGUUCGUCUUGAUGACGUCGUGCAAUGUUCCUACAACAUCGCCUACAACACGGGCCUAUUGGACGUCCCACACAUCCCAGAAGCACCUCCGAGGAUUGCAUUCCAGGUGCCCUUUCCAGAAGAGCGGACUAUGCGGGCGACGAGGAUCUACGACGCGUACUUCUCAGAGCGCGAGGGAGUCCGAGCAGACACGCAGACCGAGGCGAGGGAGUCCGUGAUGAAUCUGCUCGACAUUGGGUUCGAGGCAAAUUCGGACGCCGAGUCGCUGAAGGCCGAAAGGGAGAAUUCGAAAGAGGAAACAACGCAGUUUGUCCUCGGAUUCUCAGACGAAGAGAACGAUUGAUAAAUACAAAGGAGAGCGACACCGA